GGGAAACAGAAGACGCGCAGGAUCAGUGCGCAUAUAAGAGGGCAUUUUAAGAGAAGAAACACAAACUACAGAAAGAAUGGCGCCUACUGUUUGCAAACUCACUCAGGAUGGAAAGGAUAAAACAAAAAUUAGAAAACCAGUGGUGGAGAAGAUGCGCAGAGAUCGUAUUAACAGAUGCAUUGAACAGCUAAAAGUUCUGCUGAAAGCCGAGAUAAAAGCCAGUCAGUCUUACUCUAAAGUAGAGAAGGCUGACGUCCUGGAAAUGGCUGUCAUUUACCUGAAGAACAGCACGUGGCCGCGGGCGUCGUCGGCGAGCGCGGAUGCGCAUGCGCAAAGCUACGCCGAAGGUUUCUACAGGUGUAUAGAGGAAACAACGCGAUUCCUGUCGUAUCGCAACCAGCAACAUAUCAGCCAGUCAGUUUUAAUGGGUGACUUUGACGGAACCCAGCAAGACAACGUGAGCGCGCAAGACUGUCAGAUCGCGUCAAAGAGCACCGGAGUGCAGGCACUUUGGAGACCCUGGUGAUCUUCAUAGCAUCCUUAUGAAGACGUACAGAGAACAGACUUUUUCCUUUAAGUGACACAUAAUUUUUAUAAAAUGUCGAAGUAGACAGCAGCUGUCGUGACGCAGAGAAUGUACCAGUCUACCCCAUGUCCGAGUCUGAGAGCACGCAUUUACUGCUUUACUUCACUUGUGUGGAGAUUAACGUUGUUUACAUAUUGUAAAAAUGAGUACUAUGUCACCACAUUAUGUUUCUGGUGAAAAUAAGCUGUAGCCUUUUAGAGGUGGUAAAUCUGUCAUAUUGAUGGAAUGUCUCAUGUUGAGUUCAAAAGAAAAAUAAAUAAAAUCACACAAUUCUG